AUGCCUCUUCUACCCCCCGUCUACAAUGAGGGCCGUACGACAAGCCGGCAGCCUAUCCGACGGGAGGUGAUUCCCCGCAGUCGAUUACCUACGCUCGUUGCUUUGGAUCAACCCACGGUUGUAAAAAGAAGCUCGUCAUCAACGGCUUCUUCCUCGUCCGAUAGCAGUGGUUCCUCGACCGCGUCAACACUGCCUGUUGUCUUGGGAGUAGUGGUCCCACUUGUUAUUGCCAUCGUCGUUUUAAUUGUUUUACACCGAAGACAUGUGAAAAAGCUGCGCCAUGAGGAUGCCAAUGAUAAACACAGGUCGCUUGACUUUGGCAUGGAUGUGGUAGAUUCGUCAGGUCCGGCGGGCGGUAUGCAGGAGGUUGAGAAAGCCCACACUAAGGGGAUGUCGAUGGAUAUGGUCAACCCAUAUCUUCUGCCACCUGGUCUCCAAGGCUCUCGUGAGUCUUUGCAUUCGCUGUCGCGGUCAAUUACCGGGGAGGAUGACAAAUUCCGCCGUGCGACGCACUCGAUCUUGCAUGCUGACAACAUGUCAGUGAACUCACCUCUACAUGGCGUUCAUGAUGAUGCCUCAAGCUUCACUGGGUCCGCUCGUCUUCCUGCAGGUGAUGAGAUGGGCCACGGUCUCCUGCGUAAUGCCCAACGGAUGUCGCGUUCCUCCCCGCCGCUGUACAACCCUCCGCCUGGCGAUAACCGAGCCCGUCAAAGCCCCAUCAAUCCUCAUGACAAUGGACUGGAAUUGAACCUUCCACCCAGCCUCAAUUCUGGAGGGCCCCCUUCUCAUGGUGCUAACUACCCUUCGGCGUACCCUGGUAUGGCCGAUCCCGACCCAGUCCAGAACCUUCCCACCCAUGCUACUCCUGGUCAGAACUACGAUACCUUGCCGUCACAAGAACCCCGGUUGCCCGAUCUGGGUCCCCUGCCAACGAAGCCGACUUUUGAGUCUGCGCAAGCUCCGUCUCUUUCGAUUCAGGUACCGAGAAUCUCGUUUCCGCUUAGCGAUGCUGCCAGCGAUUAUGGGGACGCCCGGAAUUCCGAGCUCAUGCUCCCAUCUAUCAAUAUCUCCGCUCAAGAAGAGGUUCAUAAAGAGAAGCCCACAAUCCCUGAGAUCCCCCAUCCUCCCCCCCAACCGAAGAUGAACGUGCCUGCUGGCCCUGACCCCCGCCGCAUGACUCUCGGCUUGCGCCCUCUACCCCCGGAGGACCCUUCGGACAACCCUGAACAGCGUGCCAACCGGAUCCGAUCCUUCUACAAGGAAUAUUUUGACGAAAGUAAACCUGGGAGGGAGUCGUAUUUUGCGGGCUAUGGCCUGGAUUAUUACGGAGAGGUCGACCCUACGACAGGGGAGUUCGAAGGCGGCUUCGUGCCUCCGUAUGCCGAGCCGGUCAACCGUCGUGCCAUGACGCCGCCGCCUCGCGCGCCUCCGCGGUUCCAGGGAGCAGCACGACACAUGGCUACCAACUCGGCUGGUGGUGGUGGAUUCCCCCCGCCGGGUCCCCGUGCUUUCUCGUCUGCCUCCGGCCGACUCCCUGCCCCCAAACCCCGCAAGCCGAUUCCUGCUCCCUCGCCUCUACAAGUCCUCCCCUCCCCUCAUAUGCUGAAAGACGAUUCCAUCAUGACCGCGGCUGAAUAUGCCCCAAGUGCAAGUGCCUCUGAACGACGAGAAGGUAGACCAGAGACGCCGAGAGGCGGGUUAAAACCUUUCAACCCGAUGACCGCCAUUCACAGUCCACUUGUCUCGGCAUUCGACGAGCUCGCGGCGAUACCAAGCCCGCACGCGCUACGGAAAUCAGCCACAUAUACAAGUCUGGACUUCGCGCCCCCUCCCAGGUUUAAGAACGGCGACACUUCAAGCGAUGCCGGCAGCAUUCGCAGUAACCGUACGGGCAUUUCGGCUACUCAUCUACAGAACAUCCGCAACGGAGCGUAUCGCAUCAGCCGUCUUCCAGCCGACACGGUGGGCACCAAGGAUGACCUCUACACCAGCCUACGCCCGACUUGGGAUAUGAAGCAGUAG